AUGAUGAACUCACGCUAUGUUGAACCCCAGACAUAUCUCCCGCUGGUGCGCCAGAAUCACCUGUUGAGCAACAAAAGUAGCUUUGUGCGACAGCUCGCCGAGGUGGUCAGGGCCAUCCGAAAAUGCCCCAUCAUUGACAACCACGCGCACCCGCUCCUCAAGCCCGACUCGCUCGCCAAGCACCCCCUCCUGGCCAUCACCACCGAGGCCGCGGGCGACGCCAUCUACGCCACCUCCACCAGCCUGGCCCACAUCCGCGGCGUCCGGCAGCUCGCGCACGUGCUCGGCUGCGGCCAGACCUGGGAGGCCGUCGUCGCCGCCAUCGAGCAGAGGCGCUUCGACGACUACGACGAGUGGAUCGGCGAGUGCCUGCAGGGGGUGCAGACGAUCCUGGUGGACGACGGCCUCGACGCCGCCGAGGAGGUGCAGGACUAUGCCUGGCACGACGCCUUCACGCGCAGCGCCUGCAAGCGCAUCGUGCGCCUCGAGGCCGUCGCGGGCCGCAUCGUGCACAGGUUUGCGCUGGCGUUCCGGGACGAGGGCGAGGACCUGGAGGAGCUGUUCGACAAGGCCGUCGAGGAGUUCGAGGUGGAGAUCCGCGAGGCCAUCGCGGACCCCGAGGUCGUGGGGUUCAAGUCUGUCAUCUGCUACCGCACGGGGCUCGACAUCCCUGCCGCGGUGGACGUCACGCUCGCGAAGAGGUCGUUUGACGAGCUGGUGUCGGACUAUGCGGGCCACACGACCGGGCUGGCGAGGAUACAGCACCCUGGGCUGAAUGACCUCCUCGUCCAUAGGACUGCGGCGCUCAUCAGUGAGAUGCCGGGCCAUCACAAGAAGCCGAUCCAGUUCCAUACGGGGUUGGGGGAUAACGACAUCACGCUGGCCAAGUCGUCGCCUAGCCAUCUGCAGGACUUUAUUCGGACGUAUCCCACGGUCCCGAUCGUGCUGCUUCAUGCGAGUUAUCCUUUUACGCGGGAGCUUGGGUAUCUGGCUACUGUGUAUUCCAAUGUCUAUGCUGACAUUGGUGAGAUCUUUCCCUUUGUGAGCAAAGAUGGGCAGGAAAAGGCCGUUCGCCAGAUUCUAGAACUCUGUCCGUGGUCCAAGAUCCUCUGGAGCACUGACGGUCAUUGGUUCCCUGAGACAUACCUUCUGGCUAUCCUGCAGGUCCGGGAAGUGCUUGAAUCAGUUCUCUGUGAGUAUGUUCGCAGGGGAGCCAUCAGUUGGAAGGCCGCCAUCAAGCUGGCAAAAGACGUUCUCUUCGGCAACUCCAACAAGCUGUACCACCUCGAGCUCGACUUCACAGAGUGGGGAGAGACAACAGACAACGAAGGCGACGUGGAGAUGGAACUGGAAGAAACCGACCUCGACAUCUUCACUCGCUUUCUUCGAGGCAAGCAGGCCCCCGACUUUGUGCGCAUCUCAUGGACAGACACGGUCGCCUUUCCACGCAUGAGGAUGAUCCCUUUCCGGAAAUUCAUCACAUCCCUAGAGGAAGGGAGGCGCACCGAUAUUGGCAUCACAAAAGCAGUCUUCGGACUUCUGCAGCACGACUGGAUAGCGCCCGGCUUCAGCGCAACGGGCGAGUACAGACUGCACCCAGAUUUCUCGUCCCUUCGAGCUGGGCCGAUCCCAGGGCAUGUCAGCAUGUACGGCGAAUUCAGGGAGAAGGACAGCUCGACGGUCCCUCUCUGCCCGAGAACACAGCUACAGAGGGCACAAGAGCUCGGCGCACAACAAGGCCUUGCCUUUCUCGUCGGUUUCGAGAUCGAGUUCGUGCUCCUCGAGAGGGCCGACACCAAGUCGAGCCCUUCUUGCUACCAGGCCCUCACCAACGAUGGCCAUUCCUGGUCCACCUCGCGCUUUUUUGCAGACCCAAAAAUCUCCAAACUCCUUGCCGACAUUGUCAGGACCCUCGAGUCCAUGGACAUAUUUGUCGAGCAGAUCCACCCCGAGAGCGCACCGGGUCAGUUUGAGCUCGUCCUGCCUUCUUUACCGCCGGUGGCUGCGGUCGACACGCUCUUGCACACGAGAGAGGUGAUUGCUGCCAUGGCUAUCGCCGCGGGUUACAAGUUUACCCUGCACCCAAAACCCUUUGCGGAGGCAUGUGGCACGGCGGCGCAUGCGCACAUUUCCAUAUCCUCCGCCGGCGGGGGAGGCGUCAGGAAGGAGGUGUAUGAGCCGUUUUAUGCUGGGAUACUAAAACACCUGCGAGGCAUUGCAGCGUUCACUUGUAGCAAUCCUGCCAGCUACGAGCGAGUGGCUGAUGGGGUGUGGGCGGGUGGAAGAUGGGUGACCUGGGGCACCCAAAACCGAGAAACGCCGCUGCGCAAGAUCGAAGACAGCCACUGGGAGGUGAAAUGCCUCGACGGCCUCGCCAACGCCUACCUGGCCAUCGCCGCGCUGCUCCUCGCCGGCAUUCAUGGUGUCGCGACGGGAGAAGAGCUGGUCUGGGCGGAUUGCGAAAUCGACCCGGCGGGCAUGACGGACAACGACCGCAGAGAGCUGAGGGUGACAGAGAUGCUGCCUGCCAACCUGGAAGAGGCGCUUGCGGCGCUUGAGGGGAAUGAAGAGCUGGUGGAGCUGGUUGGGGCGGAGCUGGUGGAGAAGUAUUGCGCAGUCAAGAGGUUUGAGAUUAAGUUCUUACAUUCUCUGGAUGAUGCGAAGAGGAGGGAGUGGAUCAUGCAACGGUAUUGA